UUAUUGGAUGAUCACAUGCAUUUUUUUGGAGCAUCUGCUUUUGUUAGGGAAUAAAAUUAAAUGUAUUUUUUCCUGAAUUUUUGGAGAUGUUGAAAAAUUGAAUUGCUAAUUCCGCUGGAUACAUAUAAUUGUUGGUGUAUUAUUCAUGAGCAGAUGUCAAACACAUGCAGCUAGAUUUCAGGGAUAUUUUAACGGUUUUAGAUAUGAUUAUAGUUAUAGGCAUGUGUCUGUGCUUACAGUGGAGCAGCAUUCAGCAGAAGUGUGUCCAUUAUGGACCUGUUUCCAUCCUAUUCUCUCAAUUGUUUUAUUAGUUUUCAUUUAUAAAUUGAGUGACCAAUUUUUAUUUUAUUUUCCCCAAUUUGGAAUGUCCAGUGUUUUUUUGUCCACACCACAGCGAGUCCUAACACACACAGUCAAUCUGAGGGAAAUUCAACAGUCAGCUGACGUCACAUGUUUGCUCCGUCUACUCCUGCAGCUAGGGAAAUCUCCCCAAACUGUCCAAGCGCCGUCUGCAUAGACCGGUGACGUCAGGCGCAGAUCUUGUCUGCAAUCUAGCCGGCAAAGAAGUAUCGUGAACGCACCCAUAGCUUGCGACAGGAUGGAGUGCAAAGCUUUCGGGUGCUUGAAUAAUAAACGUAGAAAUAAUACGAAUAAGUUGUUUUGUGUGACAAAGCGUCUUCAUUCAUAACGGGCGAUCAUAGCAAAAAUAAUUUUUAAAAAACUACAUAAUUUGAGAAUGGGGCAUACUGACAACCUUUCCAUUCGGUCGAAAUUCUUGAGCUUGAAUGCCACGAAAGGAACACAGGCAGAGGUUCUGGGGCAUGAAUGCAAGACGAGGCUAAUCCUUAUGCGACGCCAACAAUAUUUGCCCACAAGAAGAAAACUUCACACAGCAAAGGGCUGGAAUGAAAACCAGCAGACAAAAAAGGGAGUCCUCAGGACCGAGUUUGAGAAGCCCUGGUUUAGGACAACGAAAUCAUCAAAAGAAACUAGAGAAAGAACUUCAGUCAAAUUGACAAAAUAUAAUGCAAAAUUCUGCGAACCAGAGUGGUUUUGUGAAGAAAUAACGACAGAAGAUGAACUUGAAAGGCAGAAAGCCUUUAAGUUUCGAGGGGAUCUGGCGUACAGACGCCACGACUUUCAGAAAGCGCUGUGUGAAUACUCAAGCUGCUUAAUGCUGGUGCCGGAGGGUAACAUUGCCAUCAGGCGAGAUGUACUAGAGGGGCUGGCUCGAAGCUUCUGUCAGGUGGGCAGUCAUGGAGAAGCUAUGCAGAUAGCUCAGCAACUGAGGAAUGAGGCAACCAACAGCAGUCAUCUUACAGUUGUGUUAAACCUUGAAGUGACCAUCUUUCGGAGCACUGGAAACCUGAGAGAGGAGUUUUCUAGUUUACAACAGCUUGUAUCUUUGUACCCUUAUAACCACUGGCACUGGAAAAAACUGGCAAUGGCUUACAUGAACCUGCUUCAGUCUGCAUCUUCCCCAUCGUCAAGGACUACAGCAAAUGAGCCCACACCACAUCUAGCACAAAAUAGUGGGUUAGAGGAAACCGUUGAAGCUAAGGUCACAGCAUGCCAGGCAACCUACAGAGAAAACGGAAAGCAUGUGAAGCCUCAGCGUAGCAGGAAGGCUACAGAGGCUAUGUUGUGCAAGUCUGAUAGAAUAAGUCCCAUAGAAGAAAAAGCAAACCCAGAGGAACAAAUCCCAUUGAACUGUCAGGGUCAAGAAGAGAUAAAAGAUACCUGGCUAAGGACAUGCAUAUGUUUUGUAAGAGCAAGGCUGCUGUUCUGCAUGGUCAAGUCCCAGCAGUCAUCAUUUGUCUCUGAAAGAAACAAAAGAGCCCUGGAGGAGAUUGAUAGGAUACUCCAUGGCCUACAACUGAAGGAAGAGACGCUUCACCUAAUUACAGAGGUGAUGGGAGAAGACCUUGUUGCAGAAAAGUUAAAAGAGGAAAGUCAGGAUGCUGAAAAUUCCUCCUCACUGGCCUGUCUACAGGUGCUGUCAGGCCCGAUGUUUGAGCAGAAGUGGUUUGGCAAGAUCCGAGAGACGGUCCUUUUGUCUGGAGAAGGAACAGAAGGCUGUCGGUAGAUGAUGGCACUGGAGAAGAAAUGUAGCAUUUGUCAAAUACUUCAUGGAAUCGACUGUCUGCCAUUUUCAGAAAUGCUUUGUACACUGAUCGUUAGAGGAGGUUGUAUGAUGUGUUUAACUAAAAGAUAAAAAAAAAAAAAAAAAAACUCAAUUUUAAAAUAGCAAAAUCAGUUGGCAACAAAUACAAAAAAAAAGUGCAAUAUAUGCCUUUACCUUUGCUGUCCUUUUUAUCCUGUAAUUUUAUGACUUGUGCUGUUCUGCAUUUUUAAAAUAAAUAAAACUGCCUUUUCAAGCUC